GAUUAGUAGUAGUAGAAGUUCGUCGUCUCUUCCCGCAUUUCGCUCCCUCAUUAUAAGCGCCACCUGCCCCCGCGGAAAGAAAGUCAAAUGCUCCUCCUCCUCUUCUCCGCCGGUACUCCGCUCUCCGGCCACCGCUCGUGAAGGUUUUUCCCCUCUCCCCACCUCCGCGCCGCCGCCGCCGCCGCCGCUGCGGCGGUCUAGCUCCGUCCGAGAAGAAGAAGGAGCAGCAGCAGCAGCAGCAGCAGGCUAGCACAGCAUGGGGAAUCGGUUCGUGUGCAUGACGAAGAAGGACGCCAGGGAUAGCGGGCACGUGUCCCGGAGCAAGCGGAUGGGCGGCGGCCGGUCCCAGAGGAAGCUGGCGGUGGACGAGGAGCUCCUCCAUCGCCAGGCUCUCUCCAUGGCCCUGCAACAGUCGCAGAGGUUCGAGGGAUCCAUGUCCCGCCGCAUCAACGGCAACACCAGCUCUCGCAGGCGCGCUCUCCCCGAUCAAUUCCCCAACGGGAAGCCGGUAGCAGACUCUCUGGAAGGUGUAAAAUGGAAGAAAUUGGUCCUGAUACAUGGAGAAGGGUUUGGAGCUUGGUGCUGGUAUAAGACAAUAGUUCUUUUAGAGGAAGUGGGACUCAUCCCCACAGCUAUUGAUCUCACAGGGUCCGGUAUUGAUACGACUAAUACUAAUAAUGUCAGCACGCUGGCAGAAUAUUCAAAACCACUGAUUGACUAUCUGCAGAACCUUCCAGAGGAUGAAAAGGUAAUAUUGGUUGGUCACAGCAUUGGUGGCGCAUGCGCUUCUUAUGCUUUGGAGCAAUUCCCAGAAAAGAUUUCUAAAGCAAUUUAUAUUUGUGGUACAAUGGUGGCUGAUGGUCAGAAGCCUUUUGAUGUAUUUGCUGAAGAGCUCGGCUCUGCAGAACUCUUUAUGCAAGAAUCAAAGUACUUAAUACAUGGGAACGGAAAGGACAAAACUCCUACAGGAUUUCAGUUUGAGAAAAAUCAAAUGAAGGGAUUAUACUUUAAUCAAUCCCCUGCUAAGGAUGUUGCGUUGGCCAUGGUUUCAAUGAGACCUAUUCCGCUUGGGCCUAUAAUGCAAGAAUUAUCAUUGUCCCCUGAAAAGUAUGGUACUUCCCGCCGGUUUUAUGUUCAGACACUGGAUGAUCGUGCCCUUUCUCCGGAUGUGCAAGAGAAGCUGGUGCGAGAAAACCCUCCUGAAGGCGUCUUCAAGAUUAAAGGAAGCGAUCACUGCCCGUUCUUCUCAAAACCACAGUCGCUGCACAAAAUUUUGGUGGAAAUUGCUCAAAUUCCUUAACUAGAACUAUGUGGUGCCUUUUAUUUCUCGCCUUUAUCCUAGGUGGUUGGAGCCAUCCAGUUAUCCAAUUCUAAUUCAUCCAGGGCCAUUCAGCUACAUAUGCAGAGGGACAAUUUCUAUUGUACCGCUUUUAUUUCCCUGUGGCAGCGCAAGAAUGUUAAAGCUUCGAGGGGACAUCGUUUAGGCUGUUUAGCAUGACGAAUCUAGUUGGCAUUUAUACUAUGUAAAUGUGCAUAAUCAAUUUAAUUAAUUUAGCUGUAAGGUUCUUUUUUCGAUUUUUUGGCCUACAAUUUAGCUGUAAGUUGAGUUUGUAAACUGUGCCUUCUCUUCUAUUAAAGCUUAUAGUUUCUUUUUC